AUUACAUUUUCUAAAAACAAAAAAAGACUCUCAUCUCACUUGUGGUUAUGUAACAUCGAUACCCAAUAGUUACUUAGUCACGUGUAGAAAUUUUGACCUUGAUUUUCUUCCCUUGUUUCCAUGCCAUCAGGAGCAACUGCCUAUCUUAGCCGCUGUGAUUGGAUACAGUUGGGUAGUAGGCGGCUUAUGCGGCGCCCACCUCUGUCGCCGCGUGUCGCUGUUGUGCUCGUGGAGCCAGACGGUUUCUGACGCGGCGCGCCGCGCGCUCGUUGGUCUGACGUUUGUUUCCGGAUGUUAUCGGGGAGCAAGAAUGGCUGCGAUGUUUGCGUGUUGUCUAGGCUGCUGCGGAGAUGGCGGAUCGGGGCAUAUUCCCCUCAAAGAAAUGCCCAUUGUCCAGUUAGAUACCCACCACAUGGGCACAGAUGUCGUCAUAGUGAAGAGCGGCCGGAGGAUAUGUGGCACUGGAGGCUGUCUGGCCAACGCUCCUCUGCACCAGAACAAAAGUUAUUUUGAGUUUAAGAUCCAGUCCACCGGUGUGUGGGGAUUAGGUGUGGCUACACAGAAAGUGAAUCUUAAUCAAGUGCCUAUGGGCAGAGACACAAACAGCCUGGUCCUGAGGCAUGAUGGGUCUGUGUACCACAAUAAUGAAGAGAAGAAUCGCCUACCUGCAAACAGCCUUCCUCAGGAGGGUGACAUUGUGGGCAUCACAUACGACCACGUGGAGCUGAAUUUAUAUCUGAAUGGAAAGAACAUGCAUUGUCCUGCCUCAGGGAUCCGAGGCACUGUUUACCCGGUUGUUUACGUGGAUGACAGUGCCAUCUUAGACUGCCAGUUCAGUGACUUCUACCACACAGCUCCACAAGGAUUUGAGAAGAUCCUCUUUGAGCAACAAAUCUUCUAAAGGAGCCCGCCCCCGCAUCUCAUAGCAACCUCUGUGACACCACAGUUUCACCUUGAUUGGAUGAUACUAUGUGUGGCUUGACUACCUUUUGUUUUGUUGCCCCCCCGAUUACUCUCUCUCUACUGAUUGUCCGGAUCGACGUUGGAGUGGGGAUUUCUGAUCAUUGGUCGGCUAUGCUUGUGUCAGUGGUAAUCCCUCUGUAUUAACUGAGACACUUUCAAUUGCUGCUUACAUUCUCAGUCUGUGUAUAGAUGCCAGAUCGUGGAUGUAAUGGUAAACGGUUCCCCCCUUUUCAGGAUCAGAAGCCAUGUUUUAUUGACAUUGCUACAUACAUGUGUUUUUGAUUAUUAUCCCCCACAUGCCAUACUGACAUCUAAGCAUACACUCUAUAUUUAUAUGUAUUUAUUUGAGUCACAGACCAAAGUGAUGUCUUUUUGGUAUGACACAUGUAUUUUUUUUUACAUUUUUUGGCAAUCAAGAGUUUGUGAACUGAAUAAGGAUCAGCUGGUAAUACUGAAACAACAGUCAACAAUAUCCCAUUCACUUUUAUGUUGUCUCAUUCACUGAGGUUUGAUGAAGUGAAACAUUUCUUAAAUGACCCACAUUAAUAUGUAUUAUCUUCAUUUCUAAAUGACUUCUUUGAACAGCCCUUUAGAUCUCUCACUCUUCUCUUCCCGGGUGUAUUUGUUCUGAAUAUCUGAAUAUCACCAGAGCUGUUGCUGGCUGUCUCUGAUUAGAAGUAUGUGGUUAGAACUGUCAAUCUGUUGUGUUGUGUUGACAUUGCAUAUCCGUUGCUGAAGUGUGACAGUUCAUUAUUCCAAAUGCUAAUCUUUAUUUUGCACUGAUGUUAUUGUACAAGCAAAUCCAAAAAAGUGUUGAUUCAUUAAACUUUUGUGUGUCUGGAGGCA